GGGAAGUGGCCCAAGUCCCGGGAUCGCUCCGCCGAAUCCGCCCGCGCGUCGCCGCCGUCGCCACCGCCCCCCAUCCCGGCCCCCCCCGGGUUCCCUCAGCCCAGCCCGGUCCAGCCCGGUUCCCGGGAGGAUGAAGUUCGUGUAUAAAGAGGAGCAUCCGUUCGAGAAGCGCCGCUCUGAGGGCGAGAAGAUCCGAAAGAAAUACCCGGACCGGGUCCCGGUGAUAGUAGAAAAGGCUCCCAAAGCUCGGAUAGGAGACCUGGACAAAAAGAAAUAUCUGGUGCCUUCUGAUCUUACAGUUGGUCAGUUCUACUUCUUGAUCCGGAAGCGAAUUCAUCUCCGAGCUGAGGAUGCCUUGUUUUUCUUUGUCAACAAUGUCAUUCCACCCACCAGUGCCACGAUGGGUCAGCUAUACCAGGAACACCAUGAAGAAGACUUCUUUCUAUACAUUGCCUACAGUGACGAAAGUGUCUAUGGUCUGUGAAGCUGCUGUCCCUAAGGUGGGGGGGUCCCAUUCUACAAAGAGAGAGGUGGCCCCCCUUCCUUGACCUGCUCCUCCUUGAGGGUGAAACACCACCUCCCUUUUUCAGGACCCGCACUUCCUAAUGUUUGAGACUCUCUUCCAGCCCCUUUAAACACAAGAGUUAAUGUGGGAGAUGGCCUCUAGUACCCACUCUUUCUCCAUUCUUCCCCUUUACCACCUUUCCCAUUCUGCUUUAGACUUCUUGACUGUCAAUCUGUGUCACAUCUGGUGAUUGUUUUGGUUUCUUUUCCCUUUCUAACUGCCCAAGGGGCUCAGAACCCCAACAAUCCCUUCUUUUCACCACCUUCUUUUUUGGGGGUAGAUGGAAGGGACUGAAAUUGUGGGGGGAAGGUAGGAGGCACAUCAAUAAAGAGAAAACCACCAAACUGAA